AUGGUCUUUUAUCAGAGAGUCAUCAAUCUCGAUUUUGUUUCCACAGGAGCCAAGUUCCCCAUUAAGUGGACGGCGCCAGAGGCUGCCCUCUACGGCCGUUUCACCAUCAAGUCAGAUGUUUGGUCAUUUGGGGUCCUGCUCACUGAACUGGCCACCAAAGGCAGAGUACCAUAUCCAGGUACCAUAUACUUUAUUUUAUUUAUUCUUUAUGAAACAAUUCUAAAGGUAGUCAAACACUGUAUAGGUAUAAAACACCAACUUUUUGACACACAAUGCCUUCUUCAGGGUUCCAUAUACCAAAUACUUUGACUAAACAAUAGUCCAAGAGUAGCCUUUACAUACAAUUGCACUUAGAAGUGAACGGAAAUGGAAGGGUUUGUAUGUUCCGUGUGCUUAUUAUAGUAUUCGUAAAGGAGGGGUUUGCAUUGAAAUAUAUAAUUUGUAGCUAUGGUUCUAUUUUUUGGGCUAGUGGCAGAUUCAGAAUAUGACCUAGAAAAGUUGUACAAAUGGCUCUUUAAAACAAUUCAGAAAAUCUUUAUAGAAAAAUGCUGUCUAACACACUGUCUAAUGUGUCCUCUCGUUCUUGCUCUCUCCCCUCUCUCUCUUUCUCCCCCACCCCAACCCCUCCUGUCAGGCAUGGUGAACCGGGAGGUGCUGGACCAGGUGGAGCGCGGAUACCGGAUGCCCUGUCCCGCCGAGUGCCCGGGCUCAAUGCACGAGCUCAUGCUCACCUGCUGGAGGAAGGAUGCCGAGGAGCGGCCCACCUUCGAGUACCUCCAGGGCUUCCUGGAAGACUACUUCACCUCCACCGAGCCCCAAUACCAGCCUGGGGAGAACCUAUAG